UGCUGAUCCGCGCGCGCGCUCAAACCAUAGGCUCACACACACAGCGAAGUGCGACAGAUGCUCUUGAAGUGCGGCGCAAGUGUUGACGGUCCGCGUGUGGAUUCUUUUUAAAUAAUAUUCCUGACCUACAUAUUUGCGCAAACAUUUUGGUCGAAACGGCGAGCGCGCGGAACGAAACGGCAGGCAGAAUGAGCAAAGUCCAGGGCGGAAUGAAAUGUGUCAAAUACCUGCUGUUCGUCUUCAACUUCAUAUUCUGGCUGUCGGGCUCACUGGUGUUGGCUGUGGGAUUAUGGUUGAGGUUUGACCCAGAAACGGUCAGCCUCUUAGCCGAAAAUGAUGCCCCUGAGCACUUCUUCAUUGCGGUGUACAUCCUGAUCGGAGCGGGAGGCGUCAUGAUGUUGGUGGGGUUCUUCGGCUGCUUCGGGGCCAUGAGGGAGUCACAGUGUCUUCUGGGAUUGUUCUUCGCUUGCCUUCUUAUCAUUUUUGGCGCAGAGGUUGCUGCUGGAGUCUUUGGCUUUCUAAAUAAGGAUAAGAUCAUUCAAGGUGUCCAAAACUAUUACCAGUCUUCUGUGAAAAAUGGCAAUGGGACUGCUAUUGUAUCCGUGUAUCAAAAAGUGCUUGAAUGCUGCGAGCCUGAGUCCUCUCCCUCUUCUGGACUGUGCACUGCUGAAAAAUCUGUCAAGGUUUGUAAUGAAGCUAUAGAAAAGUUCUUCAACGAAAAACUCUUCAUAAUCGGAUAUGUUGGCAUCGGCAUCGCUGGAAUUAUGAUAAUUGGCAUGAUCUUCAGCAUGGUUCUAUGCUGCGCCAUUCGGAACAGCAGAGAAGUUAUUUAGGUUCCUCAUGUGUCAAAGCCCGUCAUCUUUCACCUCAUCAGACCAUCACAUUCAGGCUCGGGAAGCGGGUGGAGGAGCUCCCAUGAGGCAGUGUGGGUCUUGUGGUACUGUUUUGUGAACAGCGUUCUAUCUCUGAUUGUUUCUAUCUUUUCUGUGACUUGCAUUGUUUGAUUAUGACCUCCACUGCAUGUACUGUUACUGUAACUGCAUUAACCUUUACAUUUAUUUAGUCUUUAUUUAUUACUGAAUCAUCAUCAUCACAAAGGGAAACUUCACAGUGUACAUCUUGCUUUUUUCAAACUUGAUCUCCUUUAAUAGAGUCUUCAGUUUAGACUUUCACAGUGAACUGGACAUUUACUUGCCGAUGUAAAUAAGUUUUCUGCUGCCUCACUGAUCUACUACUUUUCUUGUUUUUUUUUAGUGUUAUUUAUUGUGUGAACUAGACCAGGUUUUUUUGUGCUAAUAGAUAAUGGGUCAUAUUUUUAUUGUGUUUUGCUGGCUAUUAAUAUUUGGUUCUUGUAAUUUUGCCACAUCAUAAAGAUACUGAAUGAAGCUGAGAAGUGGAUCGAGUCAACAAAGUCAACAUGAACUCAAUUUAAUUUCAUAACAUUUUUAUAGUAAAAGGUUCAUCAGUGCAUGGUUUUCCAAAUGAAACAAUUAGUUUCAUAAUUUUAUCAAAACGUAACUUGCUCUUUCUCGGAAACAACUUUUUGACCUCGCACCUAUGUGCUAUUGGUUAAUAUUAACCAAAAAAAACACAUCAGUUUAGGCUACUGUUGUAGGCCACAUUUUUUUUUUUUUAUAUUGCCAGUAGUAAUUUAAUGUUGAUUAAUAGUAAUAUAAUAAUAAUUACAGCAAUAAUAGCAAACGAGAGUUGAAAAACUUACUGCUGAAAGGAAACUCAACUUUCAACGUCCGUGUUUCAGACAAUAAAAUUGUUUGAGUCACGUUGACUUUUUCAAGUGUCACACUGGUUUAAUCUUUUUUUUUCUCCAUCUGGUUAAUGCAUAUUACUUUCCUAACUUGGCUGAUUUUGAAUCUGUAAAGUUCAAGCCUCAGUUUUUAGGGAGAUCAACAAAUACCACUGUAAAACUGCAAAAACAGGUCUAAAGUAAAUCUUCAAUCAUUUCCUAUUUUUCUAACUUUUGCUAUGGCAGGUCUGUUCAGAAAUGUGACCCACUAGUUUUGUUGUUCUAUGUGCCUUUAUAACAGACAAAGCUGCAUCAUAAACAUGUUUGCAAUUACAAUAUGCACAUUUUUGUAGUUGAUGCAGCUCUUAACGUCAAGUAGGGUUUUUAUUUUUACUGUUUCAUAGCAUUGUGUUGCAUGUAAAUGGCUUUGAAAUAAACUGUGGCCACGAAAGCCUAAGUAACAUUAAAACAGCACUCACAAAUAAAUACACAUUUUUUUA